AUGGCGCCUAACAGCGCUGUGCUGGCCGUGCUCUUUGCCGUUGCCAUCUGGGCCCUGCAGACCAUCACAAAGGGCCUCACCGGCCCCCUCCGCCACAUCCCCGGCCCGUGGUACGCGCGCUUCACCAACCUCCCGCUCAAAUGGGCGACCGUCACGGGGCGGCGCGUCUUCCACGUCGACGCGCUGCACCGGCGGUACGGGCCCAUGGUGCGCAUCGCGCCCGGCGAGGUCGCGUGCAGCUCGCCCGAGACGUUCCGCGACAUCCACCGCAUCGGGCGCGGCGGCUUCCGCAAGGGCUGCUGGUACAGGGCCUUCACCGGCUACGGCGCCGACGACGACGAGCAGUGCACCAUGUUCACCAUGCUCGACCCGGUGCCGCACGCGCGCCGGCGGAAGAUUAUGGCGAGGGCUUUCAGCAAGAGCGAGAUCAGGAGGCAUUGGGAGAGGGAGAUGAGGCGGAAGGUGGUGGAUGCGGUGGGGCGGAUGGAGGGGGAUGCCGCGAGCGGGGUGGGCGGGGAGGUGGAUGUGAUGAAGUGGUGGGUGUUGAUGGCGUCGGACAUUGCGUCGUUGAUCGUGUUCGGGGAGAGCUUUGACAACCUGCACACCGGGGAGAAAAACACCUACAUCAAAGCCCUCGAAGCGUCCGGCCGGGCCUCGGGCAUCAACGCGGAGCUGCCCCUCCUCAAGUACCUGCCCCUCCCCUCGGUGCGCCGCCUCUUCGCCAUGCCGCAGACCACGCUCGACUGGGCCGCCAAGACCGUCGACAACAGCCGCAAGUCGGGCUCCGCCGGCGUCGGCAACAUCUUCACCAGCAUCCUCGCCGAGGCCGAGGCCGACCGCGCCUCCAUCCCGGACAUCGUCCUCACCCGCGAGGCCCGCAGCUUCAUCCUCGCCGGCUCCGACACCACCGCCGUCACCCUCACCUUCCUCGUGUGGUGCGUGCUGGCGAGGCCGCGGCUGCACGGGGAGCUGGUGGAGGAGCUGGCGCGGGCGAAGGAGGAGGCGGCGGCGCUGGAUGAUGAUGUUGUUGCGUUUUCGGACGAACGCCUCGAGCAGCUGCCGUUGCUGAACGCCGUCAUCCGCGAGACGCUGCGGCUGUACGGCGCCGCGCCCGGCAGCUUGCCGCGCAACCCGCCGCCGGGCGGCGCGACGGUGGGCGGCGUCUUCAUGCCCGACUGGGUCGUGCUGUCGACGCAGUCGUGGUCGCUGCAUAGGGAUCCGACGAUUUGGGAGAGGCCGGAGGAGUUCGACGCCACUCGCUGGCUCAAAGAAGGCGGCCUCUCGGACGAGGCUAGGGCCGCGUACAACCCGUUCGGCGGCGGCGCCAGGGCGUGCAUUGGCAUGCACAUCGCCGAGAUGGAGCUGCGGUGCGCCGUCGCGACCUUCUUCUCGCGCUAUCCGAAGGCGCGGCUGGCGCCCGGCACGACGGAUGAGAGCAUGGUGCCCGAGUAUUUCUUCAUCAUCAACCCGUCGGCGCAUGAGUGUAGGGUUGUUUUGUCGUGA